AUGUCAGUACCAAGAGCGGUAACCCCUGAGCUACACUCGGGCUUACCAUGCGGCGCUGCUCAGGGGGUCCCUGCAGCACUUACCUUGUCCUUCGCUCCCACGAUGUGUCCCCUGCAGCGUCCCCGGCCAUCUCCUCCGGCCGAUGCCGGCAUCCGGCUUCCCUGUGACGUCGGGACGUACGGGCCCUGGAACCGGCGGCAAAUUUGAAAUUUUUAAAAAAUGUCAUUUUUUUUUAAAUGAUUAUUACAUAUGCUUUGUCUGGCGCCCUGCCUGCAUUUUGACUGUUCUUUCUG